UAUUUAUUUAUUUUUAACCACAACGCGACCGGAAGAAGUAGGUUUGCCCCUAUCAAAGAUGGCGGACUAGCUUGCUGGUCUCCAGGGGAACAUCACGUAAUGACUUCAAGCGGGGGAGGGGAAUGACUGCGCAUGCGUACGUGUGCACGCCCCCGGAAGGGAUGUGCUUAGAGCAAGGGCCGGUGGUUAGUACGCGUGCGCAGUACGCUCUUCUGUCAACUGUGUUGCGCCAAUGGUGGAGAAGAAACCCUCUGUUCGCUCCCAGGACCCUGGACAGCGGCGGGUGCUGGACCGGGCAGCCAGGCAGCGGCGGAUCAACCGACAGCUCGAAGCAUUAGAGAAUGACAACUUCCAGGAUGACCCCCACGCCGGCCUCCCCCAGCUGGGCAAGAGGCUACCUCAGUUUGAUGAUGAUGCAGACACAGGAAAGAAAAAGAAGAAAACUCGAGGUGACCACUUUAAACUUCGCUUCCGGAAAAACUUCCAGGCUUUGCUGGAGGAGCAGAACCUGAGUGCAUCUGAGGGCCCCAACUACUUGACGGCCUGUGCGGGCCCCCCAUCUCGGCCCCAGCGCCCCUUCUGUGCUGUGUGUGGCUUCCCGUCCCCCUAUACCUGUGUAAGCUGCGGUGCUCGGUACUGCACGGUGCGCUGCCUGGGCACCCAUCAGGAGACCAGGUGUCUGAAGUGGACUGUGUAAACCUGGCAUCAGGGAGAGGACGCACCCCCAACCCUCCCCAACCCACCCCAGCUCAUUCCCAGAGGACAGGGAGAGAGGACCUACCCAUUCACCUUGGCCAACCAAGGAAGGCCACAGGGACACACACACACACACACACACCCAGGGACUGUUGUGGUGAUCCAGCCCACCGAGUGCUGUGAGAAUAAAUGACCUGGUGAAAGGAAGCCCACCUACUCAGUCCGGGGUGUUUGGAGGUGAAGGUCAGAGUUGACAUCAGGCUCUGUCUUUCUUCUUGAAGCCUCCAUUGCCUGCCCUCUGUGCCGUGGGAGGUUUAUGUUCAUUCUCCAGCUACUCUCAAGUCGUCUCUGUCUUUCUUAACUGCUGCUUUAGUUUGGUUUUUGAAACAAGAUCUUGGCCUGGA